GACUACGUGGUAACAAUUGAAGAGAAAAACAAAGCAACUUUCCUAAGAGCAUAUACAAACUGGAGAUGCAUGUCAUCUGGGAGCCCUCGUGUGUGUGUCCGGAUGGUGGGUCACAAGAUGGAAGAGUCAUAUGGUGAAACCUUGAAAGAGCAGAUGUCAAUUGUGGAAAUGCCACUUUCGGAUCCUCCACUGUGCAUUUCAUGUUGUCCUGUAAAUGGAAACCUUCUUGUGGGCUGCAAGAAUAAACUGGUGAUGUUCAGUUUGAAAUACCUGGUCAUAAAUCAAAACUUGACUGUUUUGGAUUUUGAACGCUCCUUAAUUUUACACAUUAAUAAUAUAAUUCCUGCAGAAGUUGCAUUUUGUGCCAGCUAUAUAGCCAUAACAACGGAGCUGGAUGUCCUGAUCCUGAAACUGGAGCUGGCGCAACAAGAUACAGACAGCGUGGGACAAUGUACACAUGGCGUUAGUACACUGCAGGCGCCUGUGGACAGAGGUAUGAAAGACGAUGGUCCUCCAGCACAUACUGUGCAGCUUGAGUCAGAUGAGUUUGUCAUCUGUCAGAAGCCAGUGGAACUGCUUGGGGAAGAAAGUAAGUUAUGUGAGAUACCCAUCGUGCUGGAAUCAACAGGAUUAGCUACAGAAGGUUCAGAGUACUUCCAAGUGCGGUAUCUGCUUUUCAGACGGUUUACACCUGAUCAGUCACCUUUUGGCUUUUGUGAAGAGACGAAGUUGCACUCUCUUCAGCUGCUUCCUAUGUACCAGACAGGAAGUUCUGUGACAGCCCAUGGAGAAACAAAGAACAAGAGAGAGCUAUUGAGUCUCUUUUGCUUUUUCUCUUUACCUUAUGUUGGAUAUCUCUACUCUGUUGGGAAGUUAGUAGAACUGAUCUCUACUUACCAAUAUUCAGAGAAGUCAGAGCAGGCAGUUCUCACUCCACAAUUCCUGCAUGUCAUUACAAGUGAGAGCUUACAGUGUUUCACAGUGCGAUGCAGUGCAGCAGCAGCUCGUGAUGAGGAUCCAUACAUUGAUACAACUGUGAAGGCUUGUCCACCUGUGUCACUAGAUGUCUGCACAUUAAGAAUGCAGCUUUUUAUAGGACCAAGAGCUAUCUGUCAUUUCAAGAACCAUGUAAUACUUCUGAUUAAGGCUGACACAGAAGAUAUUACUGAAAGAAGAAAACCUACAAGGAGGAUGCUUUCUAGAAAGACUGGCAGCAUCAAAUCCAGAAAAAACUCUGAUUCAGAAUCUGGCUGGAAUUUAUAUAUUAUAAACACUGUUUCAACUAUCCAGCUUUAUAGAGAAAUGGUGGAUUAUAGUAGAACAUAUGAAAACAUAAAAACUGAGAGUUGCAUCCAUCUUCUCAGUGAAGCUCACUUAUUAGUCAGAGCAGCUGUAAUGGACCCUGGUUUCCUUAAAGCAGAUGAUAAAGAAGAACUUCUAACAGCAUUUAGAGAAAGCUGUGCUUUCCUAGGAGACUGCUACAGCAGGUUUGACACAAAGGAUUACCACCUUGCAUUGCCUUACUACAGAAUGUCUGGUUUAUCCAUGACGGAAGUUUUAGAGCGAGUAGUUUCACAAGGUGAUGAAAAACAGAAAUAUGAAAGAGGAUUUCUGUUUUACUUAACUCACUCUCUUAAUGAAGACUUAAAUGAAGAAUUAAGUCAGGAAUUGACGACCAAAGUUCUCCAAAUAUUCUACCUUACUGAACCUGUCCAGCUGCCACAUAUCAUCUGCACUCCCUGCAUGAGGAAUGUAUGUCCUUCAACAGCUAUGAGUUACCUUCAGAAGAUAGAAAAGAUUGUGCCAUCAGUGGUCCUGACGCUUACCAAGGCUUUCAUGGCUCUGAAAAUGGGAGACCUGAUGAUGUAUAAGCAUGAGAUGGACUCCUAUAAGGAGACAAUACUGGCCUUUGGCUUCGUUGGGCAGCCAAAACUCUUGAGACAGCAUAAGGAAGGAAUUGUUAUUCCGACUGAAUUUUCUGUUCAUCUGAAGGAGACACAACCUGGGUUACUGGUGGCUGCCAUUGUGGCUUUAUAUGAGAACAGUAAAAUGGAACUGGAAGAAGCAGAUACCUUUUUCAAGACAUUGUGCAAUAGCAGUGAAAACACUGUCCCUCAGCUCUUAGUAGAUUUUUGGGAAGCUCUUCUUGUAGUAUGCUCUCAGGAAGAAGUGCUUCAGGAACUCUUGCUGAGGUUAAUUUGUCAGUAUGUUUGGAGAAUAUCAAAGAGGAAAUUUCCUGAAACCAAACCACUGAAAACAACAGAGGAUCUGAUAAAUUCCUGUAAUCAUUUCGGGUUGAUUUUCCCUUGGGUAACUUUCAUAAUGGCAGUGGGAUCUCCCUUUGAUCAAGAUUAUCCUGAAGAUAUCUCAAAACUACAGUCUAUUUUAUGUAGUCAGUCAAUCAAUGUAGCUUCAGCUCUGCCUUUCUUGGAGCCUCUGUCAGAGGAUGGCAAUGCUGGCCUCACCAUCACUGUUCUCUGCAGUACGCGUCUAGGAAAGUAUGAGGAUUCUCUCGACAUGCUUUUGAACAAGUGUCCUGAUGCAGUUGUUUUAUAUGCUCAACAUGAACUGAAAGAUGAGAGUCGGGCUCUGUGGUGGAACAGGCUGCUUCCUGAGCUUUACAAGAGAACCAGACUUACUGGAAAUUACUGUCCCGUUCAUAUUUCCUCACUUAAAGAAGCUUUAUCAGUUGUUACAAUGGAAUUGGAACUAAGAGAUUUCCUCAAUGUUAUACCAGAGGAUGGAACUGCAGCAUUUUUCCUGCCACAUCUUAUUCACUGCAGCCAAAGGAAAUCAUUGACCUAAAGCCAGUGAAAAUCUACUAUGCACUCAAAUACCGAGAAUGCGCUGGAAUG